AUAUACUACGAACCCGAAUUCUCUGAAGGCAGCCAGGUGGUUCUUAUUGUACACUUUUCGAAAUAUAUGAGUGACACGAUAUUUGUCCUAAUAAAACCAUCUUUUGCUGAUUGCUUGUGAGCAUCUGAAUUUAAAAGUCAUCAAAAGUAACAAAAGAGAGUUGAGGCAUUGAUUUGGAUUAAGUGGGAUUCUUAUUCACAACCAACUCAACCCAAGUAGCCCCUCAGCUCGACUCUGCUAUUGGCCUCCUCAGAAUUUCUUUACAAACUUCAAUUCUCCAUUUUGCUUUUCCUCCUUUUUCUGAAUGCUUUGUGGGUCCCUUACACUAACCCAUCGGCAACUUCAGAUAAUCUUUAUCAUGAUAAUUAUCUUGAUUUCUUCUACUUCUUCUACUUCUUGUUCAUCGAGGGUCGGGUUUCAACAGCUAUGGCUAAACAACCCGAAUUACCAAAAAGUGACAAGGAAUUACUGGGAGCCAGUCACAUGUUUGGAGCCUUUACCAAAUGUCAUUUCCAUUUUAAGCUAUUGGUUAUCUGGUUCAUACUCCUCUUUUUGUUGAAAAUAAGUUAUUCAUCCAAUGGGCCUGAUGUUGAAGGUGAAGCUUUGGUUGAGUUUCUAAAUGCUCUAAAUGAUUCCAAUAAUAGAAUUACAGAUUGGAAUGAUCAUUUUGUGAGCCCUUGCUUUAGUUGGUCUCAUGUUACUUGUAGAAAUGGAAAUGUCAUAUCCCUGAGCCUUGCUUCAAAUGGAUUUUCAGGAACUCUUUCACCAUCAAUUACUAAACUGAAGUUUCUGGUUAGCUUGGACUUGCAGGAAAAUAAUCUAUCAGGUGUGUUACCUGAUUACCUUGGAAACAUGUUGCACCUAGAAAAUCUGAAUCUUGCAAACAAUAGUUUUAAUGCCUCUAUACCAAAUUCUUGGGGUCAACUUACCAACCUAAAGCACCUGGUUUUAAGUGGAAACUUCUUAAGUGGAUCUGUUCCUGAUUCACUUGCAAACGUUACAGGAUUAACAGAACUGGAUCUUUCAUCCAAUGACUUAAGUGGAAGAAUCCCAGCACAAUUGUUCUCAAUACCCACAUUCAACUUUACAGGAACUCAUCUUAAUUGUGGCUCAACCUUGCAGCAACCUUGUGUUUCAAGUUCCACCAUUCCUGCAGUUUUGAACAGAAAAUCAAAACUUGAAAUUGUGAUUACUGGUGCAAGCUGCGGUGCAUUCAUUCUUCUGCUACUUGGGGCUAUCUUUGUGUACCGAUUUCGCCAAGUGCAUAAACUCAAACAUGAUCUAUUUGUUGAUGUGGCUGGUGAAGAUGAAUGUAAACUUUCCUUUGGCCAACUGAGAAGAUUUUCCUGGCGUGAGGUCCAACUUGUGACUGAUAAUUUCAGCGAGAGCAACAUAAUUGGACAAGGAGGCUUUGGAAAAGUCUACAGAGGUGUUCUUGCAAACAAUGCAAAGGUUGCAGUGAAACGCCUGACAGAUUAUCAUAGUCCAGGUGGAGAGGCUGCAUUCUUGAGGGAAGUUCAAUUGAUAAGUGUUGCUGUUCACCGGAAUCUUCUUCGGUUGAUCGGAUUUUGUACAACCUCGUUUGAGAGAAUUCUUGUUUAUCCGUACAUGCAAAAUCUCAGUGUUGCAUAUCGCUUAAGAGAUUUAAAACCUGGAGAGAAGGGCCUGGACUGGCCAACAAGAAAACGUGUAGCUUUUGGUGCAGCCCACGGUCUGGAAUACCUGCAUGAGCAUUGCAAUCCUAAGAUCAUACACCGUGAUUUAAAAGCUGCAAAUAUCCUUCUAGAUGAUGAAUUUGAAGCCAUUCUUGGAGAUUUCGGGCUGGCAAAACUAGUAGAUUCAAAAUUGACGCAUAUUACGACUCAAGUGCGUGGAACUAUGGGGCAUAUUGCCCCAGAAUAUCUAUCUACAGGAAAAUCAUCGGAAAAGACAGACGUGUUUGGAUAUGGUAUAACCCUUUUAGAGCUUAUUACUGGUCAGCGUGCAAUAGAUUUCUCUCGGCUUGAAGAAGAAGAGGAUGUUCUGCUGCUUGAUCACAUAAAGAAAUUACUGAGGGAGAAAAGGCUUGAGGACAUUGUUGAUGAAAACUUGAAGGUUUAUGAUCCCAAAGAAGUUGAGACAAUUCUUCAAGUUGCGUUGCUCUGCACACAAAGUUCACCCGAAGAUCGCCCAAAGAUGACAGUAGUAGUAAGCAUGCUUCAAGGAGUGGGUUUGGCAGAGAGAUGGGCCGAGUGGGAGCAGCUUGAAGAAGUAAGAAAUCGAGAAUUCUCCUUUAUGACUCACCAAUUUGCUUGGGCUGAAGACUCCACGCAUGACCAAGAAGCUAUGCAACUGUCACAAGCAAGAUAGCUUUCCUAAUAUUGAGCUCUUCCAAGAUGGAUCGAAAUCUGGUUUACUCUGGUAUUAGAGAUUAUCUGUAUAUUUGAGAUUAAAAUUGUAGUACUUAGCAUAGUGAAUCCUAUAUAACAAGGUAUUGUAUUAA